GCCAACAGCUACGACCGCGUCAGUUCUUCGCUCACCCCCUCCCUCAAGCCAGCGGCAGCAAAAGCCCGGAGAAGUAGAGAGAACCCUUCUUCCUCCCCGCUGGCGAGAGAUCGACGAGCGAGACGAUGGUGCUGUCACACGGCGUUGGUGGCUCCGAUGAGUCCGUGCACUCGACGUUCGCCUCCCGCUACGUCCGCGCCUCCCUCCCCAGGUUCCGGAUGCCGGAGCAGUCGAUCCCGAAGGAGGCGGCGUACCAGAUCAUCAACGACGAGCUGAUGCUGGACGGGAACCCGCGGCUGAACCUGGCGUCCUUCGUCACCACGUGGAUGGAGCCCGAGUGCGACAAGCUCAUCCAGGCCUCCGUCAACAAGAACUACGUCGACAUGGACGAGUACCCCGUCACCACCGAGCUCCAGAACCGGUGCGUGAACAUGAUCGCCCAUCUGUUCAACGCCCCUCUCGGGGAGUCUGAAACUGCCGUCGGAGUCGGCACCGUCGGCUCAUCUGAGGCCAUCAUGCUCGCCGGGCUGGCGUUCAAGAGGCGUUGGCAGAACAAGAUGAAGGCAGCUGGCAAGCCCUGCGACAAGCCUAACAUCGUGACCGGCGCCAAUGUCCAAGUUUGCUGGGAGAAGUUCGCGCGCUACUUCGAGGUGGAGCUGAAGGAGGUGAAGCUGAGCGACGGCUACUACGUCAUGGACCCGCAUAAGGCCGUGGAGAUGGUGGACGAGAACACCAUCUGUGUCGCCGCCAUCCUCGGCUCCACGCUCAACGGCGAGUUCGAGGAUGUGAAGCUGCUCAACGACCUGCUCACCAAGAAGAACGCCGAGACAGGGUGGGACACGCCCAUCCACGUCGACGCGGCGAGCGGCGGGUUCAUCGCGCCGUUCCUGUACCCGGAGCUGGAGUGGGACUUCCGGCUGCCGCUCGUGAAGAGCAUCAACGUCAGUGGCCACAAGUACGGCCUCGUCUACGCCGGCAUCGGGUGGUGCAUCUGGAGGACCAAGGAGGACCUGCCGGAGGAGCUCAUCUUCCACAUCAACUACCUCGGCGCCGACCAGCCCACCUUCACCCUCAACUUCUCCAAAGGUUCCAGCCAAGUCAUUGCACAGUACUACCAGCUGAUCCGCCUUGGCUUUGAGGGUUACAAGAACAUCAUGGAGAACUGCCAGGAGAACGCGAUGGUUCUGAAGCAGGGCCUGGAGAAGAUGGGGAGGUUCAACAUCGUGUCCAAGGACAACGGCGUGCCGUUGGUGGCCUUCUCCCUCAAGGACAGCAGCCGGCACAACGAGUUCGAGAUCUCCGACUUCCUGCGCCGCUUCGGCUGGAUCGUGCCGGCCUACACCAUGCCCCCCGACGCGCAGCACGUGACGGUGCUCCGCGUCGUCAUCCGCGAGGACUUCAGCCGCACCCUCGCCGAGCGCCUCGUGCUCGACAUCGAGAAGGUGCUGCACGAGCUGGACACGCUGCCCGCCCGCGUCCCCAGCGGCGACCUCGCCGCGCUCGCCGCCGCCGAGGCGAGCCAGAGGGAGAUGGACAAGCAACGCGAGGUGAUCUCGCUCUGGAAGAGGGCCGUCCUGGCCAAGAAGAAGACCAACGGCGUCUGCUAAGCAACCGAUGCAUAUAUCAUAUAUGGGGAAUUACCCUUUUUUUUUCUUCUUUGAUUUGAACUUAUGGUGAGAUAUGUCCUGUUUAUGAGGUCAGUAAUUUGUCGAGGAUAUUUUAGAGGACGGAUUGCUCCUGCUCGAUAUGAUGCAGUGAGUGUAUUAUGUUACGUGUUGAGCACCGGCAUGUUGGUUUGUGACAUUUGUGCAACUUAAACUAGUAUAAGAUGGACCCAGCUAAUGGUGCGUCCAGUAUCUUAUUUUCAUUAUGUAACCUGUUGAUAGUGAAGUCCAAGUUAUUGAUUAUCAGUGCA